AUGGGCCACAUUAUUUCCUCCACAGGAGUAACUGCAGACCCGUCAAAGAUUACAUCGAUACAAACAUGGCCGACCCCUGCUUCCUUCACCGCCUUGCGAGGAUUUCUUGGUUUGACCGGCUAUUACCUUCGAUUCAUUAAACACUAUGAUCAAAUAGCCGCUCCACUCACGAACUUAUUAAAACUGAAUGCAUUCACCUGGUCACAAGCAGCAAACCAAUCUUUUCUCAACCUCAAAUCAGCCAUGAUCUCCCUCACAACUCUUACCCACCCAAACUUUGAUGAUCCAUCCGACAUCACAACCGAUGCGUCCAGUGUAGCCAUAUGA